CUCACCCAAUCAGAAGCGCUCUGAAAACUUGUCAGAGAAGAGUUUUUUUCUUUUCUUUUUUAGGAUACAGUGUGUUUGUCUCUUACCGUUUUGAUCCAUUUUGUGGCCCCGGGUGGUGCUGGUGGAGCGCGCAGCAGGAGGUGCAUUGUCUGUAUGCAAACUGGACGACAUGGCUAUUGUAUGCGUUUGGGCAUAUAUGGAGGCACCGAUGGCUCGGAGGAUACAGCCCGUCUGAAGUCUCAGGAGUGGAGAGUGAGUCGCCCUCGGCUGUGUUGUGCGCGUUUCACUUUUUUCAUCAAUAACCGCUCGGGUCCGUCGUUAUGAGUUGCCUGGAUGUGAUGUACCACCAAAGCUAUGGAGCGCACUACCUCCCGGCGUACAAAGCGACGUACUAUAACCACCAUCACCAGCAACAACAGAGGAGGCUGAGUGUUUACAGUAAGAUGCAGGAGUGUAUGGAGCAGCAGCAGCAGCAGCAAGGAGGAGGAAGAGGGAUGCUUUCCAGGGAACAGGGCCUCCGGCAGGGUCCUAUAGCACUAGGAACCGAAUCAGGCCAUAGAGCCACAUCCGACUCAGAGCUAAAGGAUGGUCAUCAACCAGCAGAGGCAGAGUACUUGAGCUCCCGGUGUGUUUUGUUCACCUACUUCCAAGGCGAAAUUGGGGACGUGGUUGACGAGCACUUCUCCCGAGCUCUCAGUCAGUCCAGCACCUUCAACAGCGAAACCAAACCGAUCCGAGUGACUCAGCCGUCAGCCACUGGAGGCUUAUGGAAAGAUGGUGGGUCUCUCUCUGAGGGUCAGAGCAGCUCUGUGUGGAACAACACGUAUCCAUCCCAGGCCAGUCCUUGCCUCCCAUCUGUUUCUGUCUCAGUCCACCCAGAUUUCUCCUCCAGCCCUGUUUCCUUCAACCCCCCGGAUGGAGCUCUGUGGGCCGACCACGUACUCUCCCAGGCCAGCCUCCCGUCUGCCGCUGCCCUCCCCGAUAGCUGGACCUACAGCCUGAACCCCCAGAGCACAAGUGGUUACCCCAAUGUUCACAAUGUCUAUCACGCUCACCCCCACAUCCACACCCGGCACCACCACCCUAUGCUCCAUUCAUACCCGACCCACAGCCCAACAUUGGAUCCUAGGUUCAAUCCUCUGCUGCUGCCUGCUGUUAGGAACCAGAACCAGUCGACCACCAGCAUAGCGAGUUCCCCGCACAGCGAGGGGGUGAAGACGGAGAUGGAGCCCAGCAGCAACAGCCCCAUCCCGGCUACCUCUGUCACCUGGACUCCCUCGGCCCUCCAUGGAUCCUUGGAAGCGUAUGACUCAGCUCUUGAUCAGACCAAAGCAAAGACGUCAGUUUGGUUCUAAGGAAUGUACUGACAAUAAGAAGGAUUAUCAACUUACACCAAAAAGGACCUACUAUGUGGCUCUAUAGAUAUAUGGCUACAACACUAGCACUGUAAUGUUCAAUGAAGAUAGAAGGCUUACUGUAGCUUAGACUAUGAGUCCUGCACUGUCCACACAACUUAUUAUGGAGAUGAACUCAGGCGUUUGGACUUAAAUGACAGCGAUCUACUGCUUUGGCUGUAGGUCAAGGCCCUGGAAGAACGAUACAAACAGACUACUAGCUUUAAGAAAUGGAGGACUCUUUUUCUCUGAAGGCAAAAAAACACCAUUUCUCUUUCAUGCAAUGUGAGGCCAAGUGGUUCUGUUUCAAGAGCUUGAUUUUGAUCCACAUUUUGUUUUGUACAGUAAAUGUUUCUUGAUGACUGUAAAUGGGUUUGUGUGUACAGUUUUGCCAUGCUAAGUUGUUGUUUGCUGGAUGACUUUUGCUAAAAUUCUUGCCUGAAUGCUACUUUGCUAUUUUUGCCUUAAGGGAUUGUGUAGUGUAAAUAUUGGUACUGUAUGUUUAAGUAAUAAAUUGGUGAACUGUAUUUGCGAAUGAAGGCUCUUUUUCCGACAUAAACUUACUAAUUUACCACAAAAAUAUGCAGAAUUCAUGCAAAAAUAUUCACUUUCAAGUAAAUCUUGGAAGUAUCUUGAGGAUAUUGAGCACAUCACCUGAAAUUUAAGUAAGAAUAUGUUCAAUUCAUUCAAGUUCCUGCUCCUAAGAGGCAGCAGGAACUCUUCACACAUAACUUUCCCAUUACAUCUCAUUCAAUGAUGGAUGCUUCUUCUCUUAU